AAAGAUGGUAGCACUUCUCAGAGCUAAUGGAAUAUGCUUAGUGGUAGCCUACGCCUGUGCUAAGUUUUCUACUUAGUUAACGACUGUAUAUCCCAGUAGCUACGGCAGCACUACCAGUUCAUUAUCAAAUGUAACGGAAUGUUACUCUGCAAAUGGUGCCUGGACUUUACUUGGUUCAGGUGAGGAACUUCCUUUGGGUGUCUGAAAAUCUACAGACAGGAUGAUCUACAUCAUAAUGGGAGUCUCAGGCUGUGGAAAAAGCAGCUUAGGGGCUUUUCUUUCAGAAAAGGUAAGUGAAUCCAGCCCCUCUCUACACAUACACACAAAUACUCCCUCCAUGCAUGUGCACACACACUACUUGAUACUCACCUGUAUGUGUGUUUCCAUUCGUCAGCUGGGCUGGCCCAUGCACGAAGGGGAUAACUUCCACCCACAGGGGAACGUUGAGAAGAUGGCUCGGGGUGAACCGCUCACAGACAAGGACAGAUUGCCUUGGCUUCUCAAAUUACAUGAUGUCAUUCAGAGAGAAAGGUGUUCAGGCUCCAAUGCUUUUGUGGCAUGCUCUGCCCUGACGCGACUCUACAGACAGGUCCUGCUCUAUGGCUCCCAAGCCCUCGCUCUCUCUUCCAGUCCAGACCAAGAAAUCCUGCCUCCCAUCGCUCCUGAUGUGUUUUUUGUCUUCCUACACGGUGACUACGAUCUCAUAUACCAGAGGAUGACGUCCCGGAGGGGACAUUACAUGAAAGCAGACCUGCUGCGUUCCCAGUUUGAUGUUUUAGAGCCUCCACUGGAUGAGGAGAAUGUGUUGUCACUGGACAUCAGGAGGAGCAUUACCGAUAUGGCCAUGGAGGUCGAAAGGCACAUUAUCAGCCUCAAGUCGUCACCAGUGAUACCGUGACCACCAAAGCAGACUGAAAAGAGAGGCCAUCAUCAUCAUGCUUUCAGGUAUUAUCAGUUUUUAGGGAUGGCAGCGUUGGUUUGAAAGUCCAACACUUUGGUCCAGACUGAAAUAUCUCAACACCUACUGGAUGGAUUUCCAUGAAAUUUUGUACAGACAGUCAUGGCACCCAUAAGAUGAAAGCUACUGACUAAGGUGAUUCCAUAGGUCAAAGAUUUCACUUAUUCAGUGAAAUAUCCCCACAUCUUUCAGUAGAAUAUCCCUAAAAUCUUAAAUGAAUAAGGUUAUAAAAUAACCUGUCAGGGAACAAGAGCAUCAGCAGGCUACUGAACAUAAGCCGAAACAGAGCUGCAGCAGCGGUUAGGAGGUACAGGAAGAGCCUGUACUACCAGUAACGGAGGGCAUAGUAUUAAACAUCUAUUUCAUGUUUAUGGCCAAAUACAUGCAAACCGAUGGCAUUCCCAUAAUGCUCAGCUGUACUUUGUGUUUAGUGCUAAUCAAACGUUAGGAUGCUAACACACUAAGCUAAGAUGAUUAGCAUCAACGUGAUAGCACUGUCAUUGUUAGCAGGUAAAUGUUCACAUUUAGCUCAAAGCACGGCUGGGCACGACUGUGGACUGCAAAUCCUGUCAUGAUCCAAAGUUCGUGUCUCGUCCAUGUCUUAGUGAAGGUGAGAAGUAAAUCGCUGUCACAGUUGUGGUGCUGGAUCACAGAGCGGCUUGCACCGCAGUGGGAAUUUUGGUUUUGAUCUACUCAUUAGCGCGGCAGUAGAGGAUGAAGUACAUAACUGUGAGAUCUUGUGGUGCAUCUGUGAUUCUGAAAACAACUCGUUAGCUGAAAACAUUGCAAACACAGUCUUAAGUGCCAUUUCCAGUAUAUGCAGCAGAGUGUUUGACCAAAAAGGUUUUUUGGUUGUUUGUUUUUUGUUGUUGUUUGUCGUUGUUUGUUUUUUGUGAAUGAGAUAAGAACCUCCAAGAAAUGCAACAAAGAAAAAGGCAAGAUGUUCACGUGCAUUUUGAGAGUGUGGAUAUUAGCUCUUUAUGAACGUAUGAAGAGGACUGGAAGUCUUUGCACUGUGAAGAUUCAACGUUUUCACAGUAAUUUUGUUGUGGAAUAUCAUUUGUCUGUUUGACUGCACACUGGACAAGUUACGAAGGACAAAUGCCUUGGGAACAUUUUUAAUCCAAAAUGAUAUGCAAAUACUUUUUAAAAGAAAAUUAACCUGACUGUGCAAAAAAUGUAUAGAGGUCUUUACUGAUUAAAUCAGUUUGUGUCUAUUUUGUUACGUCUGAAAGUGACAGGCAACAUUUACAUUGGAAAUUUCUUUUUGGCUUUGUAGUCACUGUGUUGGGUUGAUCCACAAUUGCACUGGUACAGUUUAAUGAAAUAAAAAUGAACCGAUGAUGACUUUUGUUGAACAUUUUAUACCUCAAGUUUUGGAAUCCUGUGUUGAAUAUUUUAUUUUGACAUUGUAUUUAAAGGUUUGCAUCAUGUGCCCACAAAACGGAGAACUAAAGCUGCAACUAAUAAUUUCCAUUAAUGAUUAAUCUGCCAGUUACUUUCUUGAUUUAUUGAUGAAUUGUUUGAUCUGUA